UAUAUAAACAGAUCAAGGCUGCAUACGUUUAACUGGUUAUCUUUUGCAAGACAGUGAUCACCGUUAGAAAGUAAGAUGUUGAUUUGGAUAAUUCUGACCACAAACCUUUUGUGUGUCUUGGGGACGAAUUUAAUGCAUAUUCCCUGUGACGACAAGGUCGUGGAGAAGUUAUCCCGCCUGGCCACCACGUACAUAAAUGAGGACAGACAAACAGGUUACAAAUUUGCACUUAAUAGAAUCUCAAAUGUCCAGGCACAUCCACAGGGUCCAGCUGGAAAGGUCUAUUAUCUGGAUUUAGAUGUCCUGGAGACCAAGUGCCAUGUCUUUAGUCCAAAAUCAUGGAAAAAGUGUGCUAUAAGACCUUUCAUGGAAACGCAAAUCUCUGGAAACUGCAACACCACAAUCCUGCACACAACUGAGGGGUUUUCCUAUCUGUACACCUAUGACUGCACACUGGUUCCAGAUCCUCCAGAGAAGUUACAGUUGACCUGUCCGGAUUGUCCUUUGCUACUGCCAGUAGACAGUGAAUCAGCCAUCUCAACUGCUCGAAUGACCCUCCUUAAAUACAACAGACAAAGUACACUUCCAGUCAGCUUUACUGUGGACACAAUUACCAGAGCCUCACAUCAGAGAUCACCUGUUUCUGCAAGCUUUGUGGAGUACACUAUUCAAGAAUGCCCCAGCGCUCCAUUUUCUGAGGUUCUGUGUGAGCCAGGACACAAAGAAAAAGAGCCCGUUGGUUUCUGUGUUGGGUCGGUUAUUGGCACUGAUCACAGCCAGCAAGAUGUGAAGGUGUCCUGUGAAUUAUUUCGGCCACAGGUGAAUGUUGUCAACCCAACGCAGCAUAAGCAGAUGUUAACCACGCUUUCCAAGACUUCAACCCAUGAGAUUCCUAUUCCUCCUCAUAUCCCUGCACCCCCGGUCCAGGAUGUCAAACUAGAAACACCUCAGCCAGCUGACCCUGUGUAUCAGGCUGUCCCCGCUGAACCCAGACUACAGCAGGUGUCGAGGGCUACCCUCACCACCUCUUCCAGCGAAUCAAAUGAGUCUGCUGAGACUGGCUCGGACUCAUCUGAGGAAAUGGAAGGAUCUGUACGCAUUGCUAAACCUCCACUAAACUUCCGUUACGUGCAGCACCGCCAGAGGAGGCAGACGACCACAGACACCACACCCCUUCAUUUACCAACGUUCAUGAGCGUUUUUCCCAGUAUUCCUUCACCUUUUCGUUCAUGCCCAGGGGUCUCUCGCUACACCACUGUGUAAAGAGGUUACAAAUAAUGAGCACUCUUAAACUGAGCUCAAAGACAAAUGCUGGAAAAACUCAUUUUAAGACCACAGAGGGUUAACAGGAUUGUUUAAUUUGUGUAGUGUACUGGCUUCUACUAUUGCAUUAAUGACAUUUAUAAAAUUACGUGUGGUCAAUGUUUGACAUUUUUUACACUAAAAGUGGAUGAACUAUUACAUUUGUCAUAUUUUGUUUAACAUCUGAAAUAUGCAUGUAACAUUAAUAAUCUACCAAGGUAGAUACCUAAAGAACUACAAGUGAUGUUCUGCAUUUCAAAUGUCAUAUGAGAAAAUCCAGCUGUUGUAACUUUGUUAUUGUUUCAAUAUCAUUCAGUUGUUCUCAAUUAAAUUGAGUCGCAUAUA